AUGCGUUUCACUCCCUUGGCCAUCUCCCUUGCUGCUGGUCUAUCGACCCAGCUAGCACUACCCGAGAGUAAAAUAAAGGAUCUCAAGCCGUUACAGUUCAAACCAGAUGGCACGUUCCAUAUAUCCGUAUUUUCUGACACUCAUGUUGCCAUGUAUGCAAACAGUGCCCGAGGCCCCAAGCAGGAUGCAAAAACCGCCAAGGUAAUGGAGACUGUGCUCGAUAUUGAGAAGCCAGAUUUUGCGGUCCUCAACGGCGACCUUAUCAACGGCGAUGACACAAAGCUACACAAUAGCACGGAAUGGGUUGAUAGGGUAGUUAAGCCCUUUGUUGACCGUGGCAUCACCUGGGGCUCGUCCUACGGCAACCACGACCACCAGCCUAACCUCAGUGGCGAUUUACUGUUGGACCGCGAGCAGACGUGGCCUGGUGCUCGCACAACCAAGAUGGUGCAUGGUGAGAAUGCUGGCACGACUAACUACUACCUCCCGGUGUAUCCGGCCGAGUGCACCAAUGUUUGCAAGUGCAAGCCUCUCCUACUGCUUUGGUUCUUUGACAGCCGUGGCGGCUACUAUUUCCAGAAGCGCGACAGCAAAGGACGCGCAGUACACCACCCCAACUGGGUCGAUGACAGUGUCGUGGAGUGGUUUGAAAAGACCAAUGAGAAGCUGCGCAAAAAGUACAAGACGGUAAUCCCCUCACUAGGCUUUGUACACAUUCCUCUGUACGCCAUGGUCAAGCAACAAGAAGGCGGUAUCCACCCCAACAGACAGCCCGGAAUCAACGACGAGACCGUCAGCCCGCAGGCACAGGGUUGGUGUAUCGAUGGAACGCGCACCUGGGAAACCAACUGCAAGUACGGCAUGCAGGAUGUCCCUUUUAUGCAGGCCAUUGCGAAGACGCCGGGUAUCAUGGGCUUGUUCUCCGGCCACGAUCACGCAAACUCAUGGUGCUACAAAUGGGACGGCAAGCUGCCUGACAUGACGGUGCAGGGUAACGGCGUCAAUCUUUGCUUUGGCCAGCACAGCGGGUAUGGUGGGUACGGCGACUGGGUGCGAGGCUCCCGGGAGUUGAUUGUGUCUCGCGAGAAGCUCAAGGACCUUGUUGUAGAGUCGCAUAUCCGGCUUGAGUCUGGUAAGGUUGUUGGUGCUAUUUCGCUAAACGCAACCUACGGCCAGGACGAGUAUCCUGCCACUCCCAACGAUAAGACAUAUUUGUAAGCAGGCGACCAGUUAAUUCCCCGAGCUUUCACUUGUAUAGCGAAACAUCGGACGAAAUCCGGCCCAGAAUAGCGAAUCACUGCAGCCUGGAGAGCGUUGGCUGCAAGGCGUUGUUACUGAGCUGCUACCAGAGCAGCCACGACCAUAGAGGUUAUGAAAUGUCAAAUACUAUCAAAUACACUACACUAAAGAUUUUAUCGAUCCAACUUACUGGUUGGUUUUCCGCAACACCGGGACGGGUUUAAUCAAG